GCGGCCGGAGUUCCCGCCGCCCUGACGCUGGGCGCCGCAGUGCGCGCCCGCCCUGCCCCGACACUCAACGUCGGCUCGUCAGCGAAACAGCACCGCUAUAUAACGAAUUCAAUCGAAAACGAGCACGACAUAGACAGUCAAAAUGUUUAAAAGUCAUUUAGAAAUGAUCGGCAGAAAUGAGACGGCGUCGAAGAAAGCCAGAUUUUGGCAAUCCUUCGUCCGUUCUCUAAAAGGCUCAGAAGACAUCAGGGCAGAGGAGCGCUACAGGCCGUCACGCCGCAGCGUGUUCCCCGAGCUGAUGUCCACGUACCCCUACACCAAGUCUAUCUACGACGACCCCAUAGGCGCCGCCGAGAGGAUCUCUGUCCCCGGCUACCGCUACCUGCCCGUCCACCGCGAGGUGUAUGGCUACUCCCCGCGCCCCAUCUACGCACACAACUACCCACGCUCCCUGGAGCGAUACAGGCCAAUCUACAACAUCCCGAGGCGCGUGCGACGAGGCGUGGACCCGUUCGACGCGCACAAGGCGUGGCAGGACCACCUCGACCGGCUGGCCGCCAUCGACCGCCUCUACCCCUCCCGCUACGGCCUCUACCUCCGUGACCGCGCCUACCCCAUCACCGACUUCUCCGCCCCCAUCACCAGCCCCAUCUCGCCCAGGAGCCUCAAGGGAAUCGAGUACGAGCCGGACAACAAGCCGCACUGGGGCUCAGGACUGUCGAGGCUCUCGGACGAGUUCAGAAAGGACCCGUUUUUCGCGGAGGCCGAAAAGUGGGCCGGGUUCGAUCGCUCGCUGCGAGGAAAAUCCCCCACACCCGUCAAGCCGCGGAUCAGUCCGCCCAGGGACUGCGAGAUUGCCUUCGACGCAGACGGUGCGCCGCUGUACAGUGCCGGCGGUCUGAGACGCAGGCCGUGGGCGGACAUUUUCAACCCUAGCCCGUCUCUGCCGAUCUCCGCGAUCACUCGGGACCCCUUCUGGUACGACUGGCCGGAGUUGAAGCCCCUGGCCCGAUGGGACCGCAGCCCCUCAUACAUUCGCGACUCGUACCUCUCGCCCGUCAAACGCACCUUCCUCUGGGACAAACACCCGAUCAGACCCCUAGCGGCGGCCUACUAAGAAGCCUGACACCGAUUCGUGUAUUUUAAUCUAAUAAAGUGCCUAAAAACAUUUAUUUUGCAUCUCUAUUUAUGACUAUGUUAAAAAUAUGUUAUUGAACUUUUAUUUUAUACAAGUUGAACAAAAUCUGGUAGAUAUUUAAAACUAUCUACAUUUGAUUAUCGUCGGGAAGACUGGACAAACAUAGUCACUGCCACCAAAAUGAACUUUGUUAUCAGAUAUUUUUCGUUUUUAUUAUUAAAAUAAUUUUUAUGUACUCUAAAACUACCAAAAAAAGAAUAAAA